AUGUUCCACGGUCCACGCCGAUUGCUGCCCAUCGGAGCAGCUAUCGUCACCUGCAUGCUGGUCGUGCUCACCGUCCACUCCGGCGCACCCACUCCAAGGCACAACGCGAACCUGGGCCUGUCUGCCCAGCCGCUUCCAACAGCUAGAGGCCAAACCCAAAAGCCCGGCGAUGGAACUGUUGCUGUUGGGCGCAUGCAUGCAAAGGACUCCCGCGUGAAUGACUUGGCUCCGCCCCGAAGGCGUGCUGCCCUCUUUGCACGUCCUCAAGACCAAUCCAUUGCCGCAGGCAACACCAACAGCAAUGACGGCGGCCACAGCAACACCAGCAACACCAACACCAACACCAACACCAGCAAUGACAGCGGCGUGGUGUUUCCACAACACCCGGCGAUUGCUCGCGAGAGCAAGGCCGUCCACAAUUUGUUGUACUCUGGCGGCGUCGCUUCAUUCCCGCCGUUCCGCAGCUUGGCGGAGCCGCCGCUGUUCAUCUCCCUCGUGCCCGACAACACAGCGCUGACGCACCUGUGCCUCAGCCACCUCUCUGCACCCGACAUGCAGGAGUGCAACAGCGCAGAUCCAGCACGGCAUCAGGUGUUCGCGCUGUCCUCAGAGGGGCACGUGGGAUUCGAGGUGCAGGGUGUCGGCCACUACUGCCUCCAUGCCAGUGACGAGCGCAUCUUUGCAAACAGCUUCGCCAGCCUGGCUGACACAGACGAGGAUGACGACCACAUCGACCCUAGCGUGCCACGCAAGGUCGUGUACCGGCUGUGCACGUCCAUCUUCGCCAACGCGAAGGUGAUGAAGGAAGGCUCCCUCUCCACAAAGGACGCGGUCGACACGUGGCAGUUCGUGCCCGGCAAGGGCCUCGUGCACCGCGAGACCGGCAACUGCCUCACAUACAACUACCACACCAAGAUCACGCUGGAGCCGUGCCGUGACAUGGACAGCCAGUGGAUGCUGCGCACAGACGUGAACGGGUCGCUCAUCCUGCCACGCCAAUGGGACAAGGAGCUCAUUGCGCUGGCGGAGCGCAGAGAGAGGCAGAUCAAGCCACUCCUGGCCACCGUGCGCACACUUGCAUCAAAGACGCGCAAGCUCACACACCGCGCGCACUCCCGCGCAUCAAAACGAACGCAGGGCGUUGAUGGGAGGCGUGCAGUCGUCUUCUUCAUGGAGCCAAGUCGCAUGCUAACGCUGCAGGUGAAGUGGUGGCUGAGGGCGUGGCGCAUGCUGAAGCUCGACGAGCCGGACCAGCGCAUGGAUGUGCUCAUCAUGGGCAACGGCGACGAUUUCGAGUCCCUCAUGUCCUUGGGCUGCGAGAUGAAGAGCCUUGACACCCAAACCUCCAUUCCCCACGCAGAUGGACAUGGUGUGUGCUGGCUGUUUCCCUUCCGUGGUAUCAAUUCCCGUGAGCCAGGCAAAUACGACGCCUGGUUCAACAGCUUGGAAGUUCUUGUCAACAAGAAGACGCGGCCACUGCUGGAGCAGUAUGAUCAGCUCUUGCGCGCAGAUGCCGACACGCUGCCCACACCCAAGAUGCGCGGGUACUGGUCCGAGAAGCUGGUGCUCAGCCUCAACGCUGGCUACGCCACGCGCUAUGCGGACGCCAAGCUGGCAACUCUAGCGGCAGAUGCCGGCCUCGUGUGGCAUGACCUGCGCAACAUCGGGUCCACGUUCUAUGGGCCAGCCAAGAGCGUGCUACACCUCGUGGAGCUUACAGUUGCCGUGGGCGCACUGCUGCGCACGUACACCUUUGCGCCAGGCACGGGCUGCAAGCUGCCGCCCAAGCUGCGGCCAGCGGACGUCGAUUGCGAAUGGGGCUCGGGCCUGUGGCUAGGCGUGUCGCUGCUGUACUCGCAGCAGAUUGCGGCAAACCACAUGAUUGGCAGCGGGUUCCCUGUCAAGUUUGAGGCGGAGAAAAAGUUUGAUGUUGGCACUGAGGGCGAGAUUGACGUGUGCAGCGUGCUCAUGUUGCAUGUGUACCACAACCGCGAGCGCUUCUCAAAGCUAGCGCUCCUCGACGGCGAGUACAAGAACUUUGACAUGUCCAGCCUGGAUUUCCACGUGGCCCGUGACCUCAUCACCUACUUUGCACUCACUGCAAACGACCAGGGCAUGAACGGCGAAGUGGCAUUGAGCCGCUCUGGCGAUCCCAGCAAACUGUGUGGCUGA